AUGGGACUCUUGUUAUCGAUCGUUAUCACUUACGCCGGAUUCAACGGGACUGUGGAAUGCCUUAAACACAUCAUCAGCGGAGUGGUCCCCGCCACGCAGCCAGACUUCCAAGACUUAGUAGAAUACUACACGAGACUCCUACGUAAAAAAGCUAACUCGUCACCCCGCGAUUGGACGGAAUGCGGCCAAGGAUACCUUCAUAUAACCGAAGAGGACGGCCGCAUCAAAUCCGCGUCCAUCAAAUUCCACGGCGAUCAUACGCACGCUCUUCUCUUCUCUACUAAGAUAUCGAGCUUCGGCCAAGAUUCCAUUGACGAAAAAGUCAACGGAGAUUACAGACUAGAGAGGUAUCCGACAAAGACGAAAACAAUAAUAUCCGAAUCCUCGGAGUCGUUCAGCGUCGGAAACAAAAAGCGAUCGCCGACCAGCUCGGAAGCAGAAGCGGAUAACCGAGACAAACUGACUUGGGAGUACAUCCCUAAGAGCGCAUCGCCGCUGCCCGAAAUAAACUUCCAAUCUUACGACGAGGACAAAUCUGGAGACGCCUACAGCGAGCACUACUUAAGAUCACUAGACGGCAUAAGGUUCAGGCCGCUACAGCGAAACGACCCGAGCGGUCGACGGAGGACGUUCCGGAAGGGUAAAUCGUCGUCGUCGAAUUCGUCGAAGGAGUCUCGCGCCUCCCGCGAGGAGGAACUCCAAAUGUUCACAUCGCUGGAGGAGGCCGAGUUCGCGAGCAUGAGUCGAGAGAACAAUUACACCGGAUUCGGGAGCGCACCUAAUCUAGCUGCACGUUCUUAUUCCAGAAGUCGAUCGCGAGAACGGUCGAGAGAGAAACGCAGUCUGGACGAGGAUAGAAGCGAAGGAUUGGACACAGAGAGGAGUCACAACUUGGGAUCGUUUGAGGAGAGAGAUGAGAUGAGAACGCACGAGGUAAAUGAAGAGUCGGCGGACGUUGAUUUCUGGUCUAACAUCGCAGACUAG